AUGUGUGUGUGCAGUAAUUUAAUGUACNAACCAGUUGAUGCCUCUUCUGAGUCUGAAAAACCAGGUGAUGCCUCUUCUGAGUCUGACAGCGCAUUUGAUGGCUCCGCUGAAUCUGAAAAACCAGUUGAUGCCUCCUCUGAGUCUGAAAAACCAGUUGAUGCCUCCUCUGAGUCUGAAAAACCAGUUGAUGCCUCUUCUGAGUCUGACAGCGCAUUUGAUGGCUCCUCUGAAUCUGAAAAACCAGUUGAUGCCUCCUCUGAGUCUGAAAAACCAGUUGAUGCC